UCAAAGGUGUCUGUAUCUCAGUAGUGUACACACCAGUCCUCCCCAGCAGCGGCCCUCACACACCAUACCUCUCACCUGUAGUAAUGGAUUCUCUAGACGCAGAACAGCUGUCUGCCCUCCAGAAGGCCUUCGACUCCUUCGACACUGAUAGCAAGGGCUUCAUCACCCCGGAGACCGUGGGCGUUAUCCUCAGGAUGAUGGGCGUCAAGAUCUCUGAGAAGAACCUUCAGGAGGUCAUCUCUGAGACUGACGAGGACGGUUCCGGUGAGUUGGAGUUCGAGGAGUUCGUGGAGUUGGCCGCUAAGUUCCUGAUUGAGGAGGACGAGGAGGCGCUGAAGGCCGAGCUAAGAGAGGCCUUCCGUGUGUACGACAAAGGCGGUAACGGCUACAUCACCACCGAUGUCCUGAAGGAGAUCCUGAGAGAGUUGGACAACAGGUUGACUGAGGAGGAUCUUGACAGCAUCAUUGAGGAGGUGGACGAAGACGGCUCCGGCACCCUCGACUUUGAUGAAUUUAUGCAGAUGAUGAACGGCUAAAAGAGAGAAAGAGAGAGACGGCCAAUUCACUCACUUACUCACAUUCUUCUCUCGAUCACCCUUACUCACCUCUUCAUAACUUCCACUCAUUAUUUUUACACUUUCACUCGCUAGUUUAUCUUAACUUUUGCAUAUUUUCAUUCAUGGCUUUCACUCCGAGUCACUUACGUUCCUCACUCUCCUACUCAUUCUCCUCCAUCUCAGAAUGUACAGGAACGGCAUCACACACACACUUAACACUUAAUACUUUACAGUUUAUUAGAGAUAUGUUUAGUUAGUACUUAAUUAACCCUUUCACAGCGGGAGGUUACCCUGAGCCGAAAAGAAUCGUUUGGUGAUACUAGAAUAAAAUGGCAAUUGAGUGAAACGCAGCGAAACGGUUAAUGAAAAAAAAGCGUAUAAUUGUUGUCGUUGUUAUGAUAUCGGGGCAUAGUUGAUCAUAUUUAGUAAUUGUGUAGCUCUCUCUCUAACUCCACCGGGUAGAUCAUUAGACAUCAUUAUCGCUCGCAGCUGCUCCUAUGUUUACCUGUGCCAAUUGCAAACUUGUUAGAUUAACCAAUACUUUCUAGUGUGAUCUAACGUUUCUUGCUAACUUCACUAUUACUUAUUUUUAUUUUAUUUAUUUAUUGCUGUAAAUCGCUUAUCGCUAAGUUUAUUAAUGCUAUUUUGAGCAGUUUUCCAUUGUGGCUGAAACCUUUUCUUUCCUUGGUUAAUUAAUAAUAUUUUAUACGAUAAUUGUCUAGUACAGUACAGUCAGUUGUUGCUAUUUUGUGCUAUAAAUCUUUUCUCGCUAACUUCACUAUUGCUCUGUUGUGCUAUAAAUCACUUCUUGCUAACUUAGGGUAAUACUAUUUUUUGGUGAAUCUCUCUAUUAGUAAAAUUACACUCACUCGCUUUUGUUAAUAUUUCGUGUACAUUAAUCCAGCGGUUUUUGUUAAGUUAAUAUUGGUAUUUAGUGAUUCUGAGUUAAGUUAUUUCUGAUUCGUGUGUUUGUUAGGUAUUUAAGUGGCUUUUUUAUAUUAUUAUUUUGUUUGUUUUCUGUUUUGUUUGGAUAGUGAGAGUGGGUAGGUUAGGUUAUCUCUCUCUCUCUCUCUCUCAUCUUCUC